GAGGCGUGGAUCCAACUGUAGCAUGCAGGCAGCAGGCGGCAGCGGCACUCUCCACGCUGCCAACACCGGCUCCUCCGCUCCGCUGGGAGGGGAGGAGGAUUCACAAAACUGCAGUUUAUAAUCGCCUUCGGUGUGUCGCCUGUUUCUGUGGAGGUGCAGUACACCCCACCCCACCCCACCCCACCCCCUCACUCCCGCCUCCUCCUCCUGCCCCGGCUCGCUGUAGACUGUAGACGGUCGACUUCAGGCGCAUUGUCGGCGUUGUUUUUGGACUGUGUUGUCCCGCAGUGACCAUCGACUGACUGCCGGACUGCAGCAAGUAGUCAACCCCCGUUCGUGCCCAGUGUAGCCCAGAGAGCUCAGGCAUGCCAUCUGUCUCGACUAGAAACAUUGUUGUCUGGACCGACAGUCGCUUUACUACUUGAGGGAGCCAAAGUUACUGCAAUGGAGACUUCUGGGAGUGAUGCAGCGGUCACAUACUUGGGGAAAGCUGAGGAAACAGACGGAUGCUAUGACCUGGAGCACCUACCUCCACUGCUGGAGGAUGAGGAGAAUGUGUCUCUGGCAGACAUCCUGUCUUUGCGGGACAGCUGUCUGUCUGAGGAGGAGGUGUGGGCGGUGUGUGCAGAGUGCGUCCUGGCGCUGCAGAGUAUCCGACCCUCCCACCUCUUCCACACCCUGUGCAUAACACCAGACACUCUGGCCUUCAACGCCCAUGGGAAUGUUUGCUUCAUGGAGCAGCUGAGUGAUGAUCCAGAAGGCUCCUUCGUGCCUCCUGAAUUGGACACCACAGGCAGCACGUUUGAGGGCCAUGUUUACUCUCUGGGCUCGACGCUUUCUGCCGCACUGAGCUUUGUCAUCGAGCCAGAGCUGGAGGCGGAGCUGGGGGAAGAGAUCCAGAGGCUGCUGGAGCAGAUGCAGGAGGAGAAGCCCGAGAGCAGGCCGCUCCUGCAGGACAUCCUGUCUCUGGCUGAAGCAAGGCUGUCUCAUACCUCCUCUGCAGCUGUGUGCCGGAAACUGUCCUCCGUUGGGCGUCGGGUGCUCUCGAUCGAAUCCGUAUCAACCUUUCAAGAUGGACAGGAAGGCUCCUGGGAGGCAAGAUGGCAGCAUCCCAAACCCAGAUGUCUGCUUACAAGACUGAGCUCGGAUGAUAAUACCAAAGACCUGUGUGUUGACACUUCUGUUAAAGCAAAUGGUCUGUCUAGGCAGCAGGUGUGCGGAGGCUGGGACUCCUCUCUCUGGGCGGAGGAUAUGGACAGCGGUGAAGGAGAUGACAGCAUCUUGGCAGACGAGUUGGACUGCAGGUCCCACAACAGCUCCCCAGUGAGGAAGAGAGCCCAGCAGAGGCUGAACAGAGUGAGGGGGGCUCUGAACCGCUCCUGCUCUGUCCCAGACUCCAACAACCCCCCUUGUCUUUCCCCUCAAACUCACGGAGAUAUCAGCAUACCCAUAUCUGACCUCACAGAGAUCGGAGCGGAUGAACACUUGAGCUGCAAUUCGGUGUGGAGUAACAGACUUCAAAAACUCGACCGGGGCAAGUCCUGCGAGUCGUACCCACACAGUAGUACUGAGUAUUGGGCGAAAUCCGUUGUGGACAACCAAUCCAUGUCACAAGGAAAUGAGGACGGUGCAGAGACGUUAUGCAGUGGGGAAACAAAGAUUCAACGUUGCCAUGAAUGUGAAUCGAAAGACGGCACCCAGGAUUCAGCAUCUUCCUGUACUUCCUGUCAGGAGCUGGAAAUCGAGCACGGCCCUACUGAGAACCAGAGCUUGUUGAACCACAGGCUCUACGUAACUAAUAACUACAUGACCAAAAGCAUGCUGUGCCUCAAUGAAGAAUCUCAAGAUGAGUGGAUCUCUCUGAGAGAGUUACUGACUCGGUGUGGACGCAAGCUGACAGUUAAUGAGCUAUGGGCUCUGUGUUACACCUGCCUGUCCUCACUGCAGACCUACAUUGACUUUCCAGCCUAUCUAUGCCUGGACACACUGCAUGUGGGCUGCGAGGGAGAAGUACUUUUCCUGAAACCUAAAAACAUCGGAUCCCGAGAUGAGUUUUUUCUCGCUCCUGAAUAUCAAGAACAUGGAAUUGUGACUGAGAAGGUUUGUGUGUAUGGUGUUGCUGCUAUUCUCUGGGCGACAGCCAAGUUCAGUUUAUCACCUCAUCAAAAACUGGCAAUGCCUCGCAAGCUGAAGAGACUGCUCCUGGAGAUGGCAAAGAAGAUGCCCAUUGAGAGACCUACCAUCAUCAUGGCUAAAAAAAGCUGUCGUGACUACUUAUCUUGUCAAGGGACAAAUGCCGAGACUGUGUGGAACAAUCUCAUCAGCAGAGUACACCCGCCAGCCGCAACAUCCAGUGAUGCAGACGAUUUGAGUGCACCUGAAACUUUACAGAGCUCAUUUGAAGACUCUGCGCUAAACAGUGGCUUUGUGCCCAUGGCCACUGAGAGCCGACUGGCUCCUGUGCCUGGCCCUGUUCCCCACAGCUAUCCAGUCAACAAGGAACUCCAACUCCCAGAAGCCUUCACCUCCACUGCCACGCACUUCACCCCCAUCAUCCUGACCAAUGAAGGGGACUCAGAGGAGGAGAGCCAACACCUUGGAGCUGCCAUUGAAGGGACUGUGGAUGGAUUUUCAAAAAGCAGUGAACACAUCGAGGAACGGGGCCUCGAUUUCACUUCCCACUCAUAUCCGACACAGACUGAACCCACUCUACGUACACAAGAGUUGCCUGUUAAUCAAGUAGUCUUAACUACAACAUCCAGUAACCGGCCGGCCAACUCUACUUCUACUCUCACUGAUAUUUCAUGUCUGGACUCUCUUCCUCUGCCGUUAUCCACUAACAUCAGUGGUUGUGGUGUUUUCAACAAUUACAUCUUCCGUCAGGAUCCCACAACAGGAGAUCUUUCCUUAGUGCCUGUGCAGGUUAGGGCUCCAGAGUCUCUCCUCGGGUUGGAUAUCAAUCUCUCCCUGGUGCCACAGCCUCUACAGGGACUAAUCACAGUUCCAGAGAGCACUGAUGGUCCAUUCAUUAACUGUCUGAAUGGGCCUGUGAGGCCUGGACCCUAUGAUUAUCACCCACCGUCAUCUAAUUCCAGUGGUAGCUCCAUCAUUACUGACGGCCCCCUGGAGCACAGGGCUUACAAUGGACUAACAAAUGCAGGAGCUCGGGCUGAGGAGCAUUCUUCUUCAGAGUCCAUCUGCCCUAAAGUCCACCCCGCCCUACAGGAGGUGAUUGACGUGCUCAAAGGAGAGUUUUCACUUGAUGGGUGUUUGGACAAUGAACAUGAGGACAUCGCCAUGGGGGAGUACAUCUUCUCUUUGAAGGACCUCCAGAACCACACGUUUGCCAGUGUUGUGAAGGAGAGGUUCAGUGAUCUGUACUGGGAAGACGACUUGCUGGGUGUAUUGCACUGCCUGGUUAACUACAGCCCAUCAACGCUUGGCUCUAAUGAGCACCCUCUAUCAAAGGCUGUGAAAAGGGCAGCCCUUACCCCGCCCCUGAUAGCCACCGUCUGGGGAGGGAAGAGAGAAGUUUGCCUGCAUGGUUGUCUCGACCUGAAUGGAAACAUUCACACGUCCAGUCCCGCUGCUGCUGUGGAUUGUUGGGAAGGAGCCGAGGCCCGGCCCUGUCACAGAGAAAAUGAGGCUGCGCUUGAAGCUCUUGAAUUAAGAACGGAGGAGAGUCAACGCUGCAUCUGUCAAGGUGUGAGCACAGACAGUUGGGACGCGGGGGUCAUGGAGGGAGGAGAUCAUUCAGCGGGGGGCAGCGAUGAAAGCCCCUCUGAAGCCGAGUUUCUGUCGGUGAGAGAGGAAGGGCUGCCGGGGGCCCACGAGGAGCAGAUGAGCCCCGACUGCUCCGAGGACAUGGAGGACAGUGACUCUCUGGUGUCGGAGCGACUCCUCUCGCCCGGAUCCAGAGCAGAGGGACUGGGCCUCGGCUUCAGCCCGGCCUGGUCCUUGGCCUUCUUUGGAGAAGAUUGUUUCAGUCUGGAGGUGAUCCAGUACGCGGUGAAUCUGGGGCAGCACACAGGAUCACCACGUCUGGAUGUGAAAACACAGGAACUGCAGCAGCAGCUGAUGAUUGAAACAAGGAAUCUAAAGAAAACGAGAAAGUUCUAUCAAAAGCUGUUUCAACAAGAGCUAAAAAACAAAGGUUCUGACAACAAACUGAUGCUGUCCAAACUCACGUCCCAGUUUGAAGAACUUCGGUCCAAAGUGGUCUUCUUGGAUUGUGUGAAGAAAUACCUUGAGAUUUUGAGUGUGGACCAGUGGGGUUUGGAGGUUUCAUUGCUGCCUUCGUUGGCUGUCUGUGGACCUGUCUCUGUGGACAUCCAGUCCUCUGAGGACCCGUCUGUUCUGAGCUUUGGUACCAGCAAAGGGAAGAGCGCUCUGCAAGCUGGGUCUCCUCUGGGCCUCAUGGCUUACCUCUACGCCAGAAAUGCAGCUGUGGAGGGCUACAUCCAGCAGUUCCUGUACACCUAUCGUUUCCUCUGCACUCCUGAGAAGUUACUGCAGUUCAUAACUGAUAAAUUCAUCGGUGCUGCAAGACAGGGUCCAGACAUGUCAGGAGACAGUGAAAAGAUCUUCCAUCGCAGUCUGGACCUGCUCCACAUCUGGAUAACAGACUGUAAACGGGUGGACUUCACCCCCCAGAGGAAGUCCAGCCUCGUGGAAACGUUAGAAAACUUCCUUAAUGCUGAGGUGAUUCCUGUAGACAGCCGAGGGGAGGCCCUUCUUGCUGCUCUCCACAGCCCUCCUUCAACGACUUUGAUCCAAGGAAGAGGAAGCCUAAUCAACUUUGAGGAAGAUGAUGAUUCUACGAGUGUGCAUUCAUCUACUGAGGAUCUUGGGAGAAGGUGGAGAUUCUCGAGAGUGGUGGAGCCGUCUGCAUCCCUGCCUAAAGACAAGACCUUCUCCAUCGCCACGGCGCUGCCUGUGCCUUUCUACGGCUCCCUGGUGGCGGGCCUCUCCAACGUCUGCCUGCACAGUGAGGAGCCACUCCCCUUCAGCCAGAACGAAUACAGCGCACAGCACAUCAGCCAGCAACUCACCCUGCUGCAGCAGGAAAUGUUCCAAGGAUGUCAUCCAGUUCAUUUCCUCAACUCCAGAAUACACGGAGUCAGGGACAAAGCGUCGACCCCAAACAGGAAUGUGUCCCAGCAUAUCCCGCCAGCAGAGGGCAGCGCUCUACCUACAUGUGAGGACGGAGUCCUCCGGCAGCUGCUCACGCAUGCUGACAGUGUUUCUAACUGGAUCUCGGCUGAAAUAGUCAUCUGUGACUCCGUUAAGACACAAGUUGCUUUGCUGACCAAGUAUCUGUGGAUAGGAAAACACUGCUACGAAUCAAGGAACUUUGCCACAGCCAUGCAGGUCCUCGGAGGUCUGGAGAACGUGAUUGUCAGGCAGUUACCAGCUUGGAAACAUCUGUCUUCCAAGGUUUGUGAGAUCCUGGAGGAGCUGCGAGCUGUGCAGGUGUUUCUGAAGAGUGACGACCUGUGUCUGAUGGGGGGGGAACCCAGGAGGAGGAGGCCCACCCUGCCGUCGGCGCGCAUCCUGGCCAUGCACGUCCAGAAGCUGGAGAUCGGAGCCUUCACGCUCACCACCGGAGCUUACAAGUGGCCCAAGCUCAGGAGCAUAGCAAAGGUUGUGAGUCAGGUCCACGCCUUCCAGGAGGCUGUGUACCCCUACAGCCCAGACCGGGAGCUGCAGGCCUACCUUCGGCGCCGCAUCGCCCGGCUUGCCACCUCUGACAUCCACCUAUUGGCCGCCGACAACGAUGCCAACUUCCAGCAGUCCAGCGAGCGACAGACACGGAGGAUCCAGGACACGCUGAAGAGGGUUAGGGCCACAUUCCAAUGAGCCCUGCCCCCGGUCACAUCUAACAGCCCAGAGCGAGUCACCACCACCAGGUCAACGCCUAAUGUCCAAGCCCAGACUGAGGCUCCAUGCCCAAGCCACGACCCUCGCAUGUCUCUGUUGUCCUGACAGCAGAGCCUUACGGACUGGAGAACUUUUUCUGCUGUCAUAUGUUCACUAUCCGCAAAGGACCCUUAACCUAAAGUAACUAAUAUGUAUAUGUAACUUUUAAAUGUUUCUGAAACUGAGUAACUUUCCAUCUGAUGAUCAUAAAUGACCUGUAACAAAUGAGACUAACAGUGAAAUGAACACUAGUUUUCUAUGUUUUUUUAUUAAUG